AGUCUGACGCGGAUUGUUGAAUUGCACGGAAGGCGCGAUUCUGUCAAUUUUCCUGUCCACUUUUUCACAGAAGAAAACGCGAAAGUGCUUCGUGUUGAUAAAGAGGACUGUUGGACAAUACAAUUUUUGGAAUAAUAAGUGUGUGUCCUAAAAGUGCCACAAAAAUCCACAUACAUAUUUUUUUUAAACGUAUGUGGUUAUUUUUAAAACUUAUACUCGUGUCUUUUUAACGUGUCCCCUCCUUCUGACCACAUCCACACAACCCAUUAAGACAAUCCGGAUAUUUGUUGAAAAAGUGAAAUUUAAUGUGACGUUCUUUCUCACCCAAAAGAGUCCAAUGUCUUGGGGACUGUUAAAUGCAGACGCAGAGGGGCACUAUUUGAGACACCAAAAACGUGCAAAAUUAUUUACAUCGGAGCCUUUGGGCGAACUUCUGAAUCUCUGAUGGAAGGGUGGUUGUAUCCACUGAGAAUUCCACCCAUCCAGCAUUGGCCAUUGGCCUAUUGCUUUGAUCCUGAUCGUCGACAUCAUCUGUGGAGGAGCAAGAGUUGCCACACAAACAUCACAGCUAGAUCAUUGAGAACAAGACGAGGAUCACCAAUCAUUCCAUUGAAUGCCAAAGCGGAGUUUAGGGAGAAUCUGAGGUUGGCCAAUCAAAUCAAUUCCAUCUGUAAAUUGGCCAAUUGAUUGGAGGGCAUUCCAAAUGUCCCUACAGUGGAACUAUCACAUGAAUAACCUCAGUGCAAGGAUUUUGUGUGAAAGUGCUUGUCGAAGAACGCAAUCGAUCAAUCAAGUGUCUUAAUUAAGUGUCCUUAAAGUGAAAUAUUGAGUUAAUCUAUUUUUCUUUUUUACUAUCAUUUGUGCAUUGCUGCUAUCAAAAAAGUAAGCCUUUUGCGAGUGAUCAUCAUUGUGUCCGUGGGGUUAAUUGCGAAGAAUUUCUAAUAGUUCCUUAAUAAUUGAUAUAGAGAAGUGUCUUUGUUUUUAAGGGAGAUAAAAUUCAGUGUCUCUGUGCCUAUAUUCUGACGAAAGAGAUACAAGAACCUGAGUUCCCACCGAGUCGAGUGCGUCAAACACAACAUGGGAAAGAAAGUUCAGACUCCAAUUCAGCAACAAAACGAACGUAGAAUACGAGCAAACGAUAGAGAAUACAAUUCACAAUUUAAAUACGCUAAUAAUUACAUUAAAACGUCCAAAUAUACACUUCUCACAUUUCUACCAUUGAAUCUCUUGGAGCAAUUUCAACGUCUUGCCAAUUUUUAUUUCCUGUGUCUCUUGGUACUCCAAUUGAUACCCGCCAUAUCGUCAUUGACGCCAAUAACGACAGCCAUACCAUUAAUUGGUGUAUUGAUGCUGACAGCAGUGAAGGAUGCAUAUGACGACAUUCAACGACAUAUGUCGGAUUCCCAUGUGAACAAUCGCAAGUCCAAGACACUGCGAAAUGGUAAAUUGGUGGAUGAACGAUGGUCAGGGGUUCAGGUGGGUGACAUCAUUCGAAUGGAGAAUAAUCAGUUUGUGGCCGCGGAUAUUCUGUUGCUGUCAUCGAGUGAGCCCAAUGGCUUGUGCUUCAUUGAAACGGCUGAGUUGGAUGGGGAGACCAAUCUCAAGUGCAAACAGUGCCUGGUGGAGACGGCUGAGAUGAGCCAACAUGAUGAAUUGCUUGGGAAAUUCAAUGGGGAAAUCAUCUGUGAGCCUCCGAAUAAUCUUCUCAAUAAAUUCGAUGGGACACUCUUAUGGAAGAAUCAGCGAUUUUCGUUGGACAAUGACAAGAUUCUGCUGCGUGGAUGUGUUCUCAGGAAUACCCAGUGGUGCUAUGGUGUUGUGGUAUUUGCUGGCAAGGAUACCAAACUGAUGCAAAACUCGGGAAAGACCAAAUUCAAAAGUACAAGCAUCGAUAGAUUACUCAAUUUUAUUAUUAUUGGUAUUGUGUUUUUUCUCCUCUCCAUUUGUGCUUUCUGUACUGUGGCUUGUGCAAUAUGGGAAGGACUUAUUGGACAGUAUUUUCAAGUGUACCUACCAUGGCCGAAUAUUAUUCCCAAUGGUACAAUUCAAGGAGCCACCGUGAUUGGUUUACUAGUAUUUUUUUCAUACGCUAUCGUUUUAAAUACGGUUGUGCCAAUAUCUCUCUACGUUUCAGUAGAGGUAAUAAGAUUUGCCCAGUCAUUCCUGAUAAAUUGGGACGAGAAGAUGCACCAUAAGAAGACCAACACAUCCGCCAAGGCGAGAACAACGACACUCAAUGAGGAACUGGGACAGAUUCAGUACAUUUUCUCAGACAAAACAGGGACACUCACGCAGAAUAUCAUGACGUUCAACAAGUGUAGCAUCAGCGGCAAAUCCUACGGUGAUGUUUUGGAUACAAGAACGGGCGAAAUUGUUGAUUUGGCUGAUCACCAAUUUCCGGGAAGACCGUCGAUUUUGGUGGCUAGCGAGGGUCGAAAUGCAUCGCAAACUCAGGUGCUAGGUGACAGAAAGGUCACAAAGAAGCGUGUUAUGUACAGAAAAGCCUCAUCAGCAAAUGUGCAACACAACAACAAUCGUCAACAGAUACACCAACUUAAAUUGAAUCUACAAAUUAAUUACAAUCCAAACGACACUUUUACGCACACAAUCCCCAAUUCUGGACUCAAUCACCAUGAAGGAGUGCAUGUGGCAGAUCCCAUUGACUUUUCGUUUAAUCCGGAGUAUGAGCCCGAGUUCAAGUGGUACGACAAGAAUCUCCUGGAUGCUGUGAGAGCUGAUGAGGAGAAUGUGCACAAGUUUUUCCGAUUACUCGCCCUGUGUCAUACAGUGAUGCCAGAAGACAAAAACGGACGUCUUGAGUAUCAGGCGCAGAGUCCGGAUGAGUCGGCUCUGGUGUCGGCAGCGAGAAAUUUUGGCUUUGUUUUCAAGCAUCGAACACCAAAUACCAUUACAAUUGAAAUCAAAGGAAAGAUUGAGGAAUAUGAAUUGUUGAGUAUUUUAGAUUUUAAUAAUGUUAGAAAACGAAUGUCCGUGAUUGUUCGACGCAACAAUAAAAUUCUACUUCUCUGCAAGGGAGCUGACAAUGUGAUAUAUGAUAGAUUGGGACCGGAUCAAAUUGAACUGAAGGCGAGAACACAGGAACAUUUAAAUAAAUUUGCGGGUGAGGGCCUACGAACGUUGGUGUUGGCCGAGAGGUAUCUGGAUGAUGAGUUCUUCAGUGGUUGGCGUCAGAGGCAGCAGGAAGCUGCUCUGUCGAUGGAUGGGAGAGAAGACAAGCUGGGAGCGAUCUACGAGGAGAUUGAAUGUGACAUGAUGCUGGUGGGAGUAACAGCGAUUGAGGACAAGCUGCAAGACGGAGUGCCACAGACCAUUGCCAAUCUCCAGAUGGCGGGUAUUAAGAUUUGGGUGCUGACGGGGGAUAAACAGGAGACAGCCAUUAAUAUUGGUUACUCUUGCCAACUGCUGACGGAUGAACUUGUGGAUGUUUUUGUGGUGGACGGAGUGACGUUGGAUGAGGUGGAACAGCAAUUGAGGAAAUUCAAAGAAUCCAUAAAGAUUAUCAAUACCUUUCAUCCAGGUGGAGUCUAUCAUAAUAACAUCGCUACAGCCAAUGGCGGAAAUAGCUCCACUGUAACCAUUGAGAACCUCAGGCACAAUGCUGCUCCACCUGCCAUCUCCGUUGUCACUUUUAGGUGGGACUCAAAUAAGCGAAAUAGGGGCGCACCAGACAGCGCGGAAUGUGAUCAGAUUUUCGAUGGAGGGGAAAAGGGGGCAACGGGAGCUUCGACUACGGCGACGGAUAUCGAAGAAAAUACGGGUUUUGCCAUUGUUAUCAAUGGACAUUCUCUGGUGCACUGCCUGUCACCGGAACUGGAGGAUCGCUUCCUGGACGUGGCGUCCAACUGUAAAGCAGUGAUCUGUUGUCGGGUCACGCCGUUGCAGAAGGCCAUGGUCAUCGAAUUGAUAAAACGUGCCAAAAAUGCCGUCACUCUGGCCAUUGGAGAUGGCGCCAAUGAUGUUUCAAUGAUUAAGGCUGCUCACAUUGGCGUGGGUAUUUCGGGUCAGGAGGGUAUGCAGGCUGUUUUGGCCAGUGACUACUCCAUAGCCCAGUUUCGAUAUUUGGAACGUCUUCUCCUGGUUCAUGGCAGAUGGUCCUACUACCGCAUGUGUAAAUUCCUGCGGUAUUUUUUCUACAAGAAUUUUGCCUUCACCUUGUGCCAUUUCUGGUUCGCCUUCUUCUGUGGCUUCAGUGCCCAGACGGUGUUCGAUCCAAUGUUCAUUUCUGUGUACAAUCUUUUCUAUACAUCACUCCCAGUUUUGGCUUUGGGAGUCUUUGAGCAAGAUGUAUCUGAUAAGAAUAGUCUGGAGUAUCCAAAGCUGUACACUCCUGGGCUAACUAAUGCCCUUUUCAACACCACCGAAUUCAUCCGGAGUGUUCUGCACGGAAUCUUCAGCUCGCUGGUGCUUUUUCUCAUUCCCUACGGCACCUACAAGGAUGGUGUCUCGCCCGAAGGCUAUGUUCUCAGUGAUCACAUGCUGCUGGGCUCCGUUGUGGCCACCAUUCUCAUCAUAGACAACACUGCACAGAUUGCUCUGGACACUUCCUACUGGACAGUAUUCAAUCACAUAAUGGUCUGGGGCAGUGUGGUGACAUACUUUGUCCUAGAUUACUUCUACAACUACGUCAUCGGAGGGCCCUAUGUUGGUUCUCUGACGCAAGCUAUGAAGGAACCAACCUUCUGGUUCACCACGCUUAUCUCUGUGCUGAUGUUGAUGGUGCCCGUGAUGGCCUUCCGCUUCUACUUCGUUGACGUCUAUCCCAGUCUUUCAGACAAGGUGCGUCUGAAGCAGAGAAUGGCCCAAAUACGCUCCAGACAGUCUACAGAUGUUCUCAGAACGCCGUCGGCACGCCGAGCAAGACGAUCUCUGCGAUCGGGAUAUGCAUUUGCCCACCAGGAAGGCUUUGGUCGCCUCAUUACAUCUGGCAAGAUCAUGCGAAAGCUGCCGCAAGAUUUUGCGUUUCCGCUUGGUUUGGGUAGCAGUCGUAAGCAACAUUCGAUCAAUCACCAAGACAGCCUCAAUCACUCCAACAAUAGCCACAAGCACCAGCAACAAGUUCACUUGCCGGGAAGUUCCAAUGGUGGCGAUGCUAGUCCACGAGCUCCUUGUCAGGAUUUAGAUACCAUUAAUCUGUAGUUUUACGCUUUUGUUUCCAAAUGCCUCCAGCCACCCGCAAAGGACAAAAACUUGAUCUUGGGAGUGUGGUUUCUUUUUCUUUAACCCUCCAAUUUUCACAGUGGAAUUUUUCCACUGUCUUUUUUUUAUGUUGAUCCUUGAAGGAAGCUUGUGGGUUCUUUUCCAACUCUUUCUCUUUCGUCUUUUUUAUGGGUAAGUAAGAACAAAAAAAAACGAUUAAUUAUAACGUGAGUUUUUGAACUCUGUUUUGUGAUUUUAGUUUGUAGAAAAAAAAAAGAAAAAUAAUCGUGAGAAAACUGUGCUGUAGAAGCUUAUUUUUGUUACUUGUACAUCUUUUUCUAUAUAAUAGUGUUUUAUUAAAAAAAAGAAAAAUAAAAUGAAACGUGGUACAUAAAGUAAGAUAUUAGAUUUUUUUUAAAACUAUUAUUAGUUAUUUAUUGUCACACUCCUCACGAAAACUAAAAAGAAAAUGCUCUAAGUAUUUCCCUUCAAAUUCCAACACCAAAUUUCUUAGAAAAAAAUUAAAUGUUUUUAAGCAGAAAAUUGAGAAAAUUUUAUUUUCUUACAAAGAAAUGAGAAUUUUGACAUUUUUCUUUUUAGAAAGCAAAUAAUGAAAUCAAGUCACUCUAAACGCCUUGCAUAACUUGUUUUUAGGUGUACAUAGUAAAAAAAAAACUAAAUAUUUGCUCUUUAUAUUAAAUGAGAUGAUAGAAAAAAUGAAUAAAAAAGAAUAAAGACAGAGCAAAAUAAAAACGAGAUAUUGCAGAAAUUGUUACGAAUCGGAAAAAUUCAGGUUAGUAUUUUCUACAAAACUGUUUUUUGAUUCGAUAAUUUAAUGACAGAAAAAAAGUUAAUCGUGUCUUAAUAUUUCUGAUUAAAUUUCAUAGUUCUUGAGUAAAAUCAACAAUAUUAUUUACUUAAUUGAUUUUUGUUGUUUAAUUUUGUAAUAAAAAUCAAUAUUUUCAAAUCAAUUUUUUUUUAUUGCUAAAAAUAUAAUUCACAAGUUUACAAGAAAUAGUCGAGAUGAAAAUGUUUUAAAUAAAUUUCAAUUAGUAAAAUAAAAAACAAAUUGUAGAAAAUACAACGUAUUAAUUUUUUUGUGUAAAAUUUUCUUUCGGGAAAAUUGUCACAUUUUGUGUCUCAGGAAAUAGUUGAUGCUACUUUGCAAAUUGUUGUUUUUUAAUUUAAAAUUAAAAAGGUGAAGAUCUUAAAAUACAAAACGAAUAACGAUAAGAAAAUGAGCGUAAAGUUAUUUUUCUUUCAAGUUUUCGCUAUUAAAAAAAAAAUAAAAAAAAUAUAUUUUUAAAAAUAAAUUGCGAAAAAGUAGUUGCAAAAAAUUGGAUUGCAAAAAAAUAAUUAAGUAAAAUGAAACAUUUGGCCUUUUUAGCUAAAGACAAACAAAAAUGUAAAAAGAGAAUAUUUAAUGAGGAAAAAAAUAUAAGCUAAUAAAAAUAUAUAUAGUUGAGGGGAAAAUUCUUAAUGUUGAAAAUUUAUCUUUCCUUUAUUGUAGAAAUUUAUACCAAGAGGCGAUUGAGUUCAAAAUCAAUGCUAUUACACAAGAAUUCUCAUUAAUCACUAUAUCGACCUCUUUUAUUGUUACCAUAAAUAAAAAAAAACAAAUAAAAAAAGAAACAGAAGACAGAAAAUGAAGAAAGAAUCUAUUAAAAGUUACUGCGCGUCGUUAAUUAGUCCUUGCAAAAAAUAAUCUAUAAAAAAAAGAAAACAUUGUAGAAUUGCGCUAUUAAAAGAUACACUUUCAAAACAAGGAAAAAAAAAAGAAAUUGCACCAUGUGUGUCAAGGAAAUCUUAUUUAUCAAAGAAAAUCAGUAAGAAAAAUCUUGAAAUUAGUUUUUCGUUAAUGAAAAAAUUACAAGAUGAAUCAAAAUAGAUGCCGAACCAAAUAAAGAGAAUGAAAACCUACUAUAUAAAUUAGUUUUUAAAUGAUAACGUUAAAGUAACUUAAGAUAUCUGAAAUGCACUGAAAGUGGUACUUAAAACAAUUUACUGGUCUCUUUCUCUGUUUAUUUUUUUUAUUGUCUGUUAUUUUGUGACAAAGAUUUUCAUGAAAGGAUAUUAAAUGAAAGAACAUGUCCAAAAAAUAAAA